GUUCUUCUUGAGCGUUCUUCCGGCUUACAUGUUGGAAAAAAGAAAAGACGAAUGGAAAAAUUGUAAUCCACAAAACGACCAUUGCCUACUACCUUCACGACACGGUCAUAAUUAGUUCAAAUGAGCUCCCAGCAAUUCCCCCGACACGGGCUGCCUGCUUCCAGCGGGGGAGCGCCUCAGAUCCCCGCUGCAGGAAACCUGGUGUCUAUCACCCAGCCGUCAAACCCACCAGAUGCUGACAGCAGUCGGGAUGCUGACCACGGGCACCAGGAUCACCCCCAUGCUGGGGGCGGGGGAAGCUUGGCGUUCAGAGAUGACAAGCAGGAGACCAUGGUGGUCAGACCUUACCCACAAGUACAGACGCUCGGCCAGCCACAAGCUACUCCACAAACCGUGGCCAUCAAGCCUGGCACACCUGUGACUGUACCUGCUCCCUCUGUCCACCUCCCACAGGGCCAGCCUGCAGUCCUCACCGAGGGACAGAUGAAGGCUGUCCUGAAGUUACCUAUGCCAAGUCGUCUAAUUGCCCCAGCACCAGCUUCCAACCAGGGUCAUAUUCCCAUACCCUCCAAGGUGCCUGGUCACAUUACUGUCACCAUAGAGAGCAGUAUUGCUCCAACCCCAUCUAUUCCUGUGGCAACUAUCAGCGGUCAGCAGGGUCACUCUAGCAACUUACACCACCUAAUGCCAGCCAACAUUCAGAUCAUUAGGGGCAGUGCCCCAGCACUGCAGAUCGGGACCCCUACGGUCCCUCCGCAGACCUUCACAUCCCAUUUACCCCGAGGGGCUGCUGCAGCAGCUGUUAUGUCCAACCCCAAAACGGUCUUGCGGCCAGCCACCGGAGCAAGUGCGGGCCCCGGCCAGCCCACAGUGCAGCACAUCAUCCACCAGACUAUUCAGUCCCGCCCUACUGUAACAACGUCUACCGCCGUGCUUCCAACUGUGGUGGCCCCCAUUUCAGCAACGAGAACUCAGUCCCCAGUUAUCAGCCCAGCAGUCACACACUCUGCAGAGUUGGCACAUGGGAGACCAGGGCUGACCAUUCACCCCCCUCCGGCCACCGUCAGUAUUCAGAGGUCUCAGAAAUCCCGUGACACCGCCACACGGAUCACGCUGCCGUCUCACCCUGCAAUUGGGGCUCAAAAGCCUCAGCCUCCGCACACCAUGACACAGAAGCCCAUCUUCAGUCCUGUAACACCGGUAGCUGCAGCUACUGUGGCACCAAUAGUUGCCACUAACACUGUUUCAUCAACAACAACAAUAGGCUCUGUGCCACAUAGCCAAAUGACCAGUAACACUAUCGUCACCAUGACAAUGGCAUCACACUCCUCUCAUGCUACAGCAGUGACCACCUCUGCCAUUCCUGUUGCUAAAGUCGUCCCUCAGCCCAUCGCGCACUCUUCAUCCCGUGUGCAGUCGGACUACCCUGGGGAGAGAACCAACCUCAUCCCCAUCCCAGGCCAUCGCUCAUCUCCUAACUCUGUCACCAUGGAAGCAAGAAGUGACAACAGGCCUUCGGUGCCUGUGCAGUUCCAGUAUUUCCUGCCGACGUACUCCUCGUCAUACCCUCUGACACACACCUACACGCCCAUCAGCAGCUCUGUAUCCACCAUCCGCCAGUAUCCUGUCACUCCUCAAGCUCCGAGUUCAGCGCUGCCCACCCAAGCUGGAGUAGGCGUGGCGACCACUGUCCAUCUAAACCACAUGCAGCUGAUGGCAGUGGAUCGGAUCGGUCUCCCAUCUGCACAGAUCAGCACCCAAGGAAUCCAGCAAGCGCCGAUCACUGCGCAGGGCAUUCAGCCUGCACCAAUAGGAGUGCAGGGCCUGCACACGUCUGCACCAAUCGGCACACAAGGACUACAGCAGGCGCCAAUAGUCACUCAGCAGCAGCAAGCGCAGUCUGAAGCAAAACCUGGUGUUGUUUUGGCUGAUGGUUUUGUAGCUAGCCCCAUCAGCAGCACAUUCAGCACCACCCAGCCAGUUGCCACCAUGGUGCAGGCACACGCCCAGGGAGGAGUAGGGGGAGCCCCCCCUCUGGUGUCCUCCCCUAGACCCAGCAUCCUCCGCAAAAAGCCCGCUAAUGAAGGAUGUGUCCGUAAGAACCUGAUCCCCGCCCAGCCCAGUGAACCCGGUAGUGGCAGAAUUGAGAGUGGCGUGCGGGGAGCAGGAUCUCCCCGGCCUGCAGGAGUGAAACCCAAAGCUGAGGUGCACAUGGCGGUGGCCCCUCCUGUCAUGGCUACAGUGGAUGCACUGCCUUCUCAAGGAGGAGAGCAGCAGGGCGUGUCCUCAAACGCCCAACACCUGGCCCAAGCCAUCCCCACCUUGCUCGCGACGCCGGGGCCUGUUCCUCCCUCCCAACCCUCCACUGUCCUCUCAGCGCUGCCAGCAGCCAUGGCUGUAACUCCCCCCGUCCCUGCUUCAAUGGCCAACACCGUGGCCUCCCCCACUCAGCCUGCAGCCAGUAGCACUGCAGCGUGUGCUGCCAGCUCCACAUGCCCAGAUUUGAAAAUUAAGCAGGAGGUGGAGACCAUGGAAACCUCGCAGCCAGAUCCCAAUUCAAACUUGUCUUCAGCCUCGGCCCUCAACACCCAGGCCUCCACCCUGAACACUCCCGCCAUAGGAGACCUGAUCCCUGGGGCCUCCCCGAGGAAGAAGCCCCGCAAGCAGCAGCAUGUUAUUUCUACAGAGGAGAGCGAGAUGGUGGAGACCAACAGCACAGAUGAGGAGAAGGCUCCAGGCAGGCCCAUCACCGGCAGGGCUGAGAGGCGCGAAUCUCCACCAAGGGAAUAUGUUGAUGAGGAAGGAGUGCGUUAUGUACCGGUCAGGCCUCGACCACCUGUUACUCUUCUGCGGCACUACAGGAACCCCUGGAAAGCUGCCUACCACCACUUCCAGAGGUACAGCGACAUCCGGGUCAAAGAGGAGAAGAAGGGCAGCUUACAGGAUAUGGCCAACCAGAGAGGAGUGGCAUGCAGAGCACAAGGCUGGAAAAUUCACCUGUGUGCUGCCCAGCUCAGGCAGUUGUCGAGUUUGGAGCAUGAUGUGUACAGCCGCCUCUCCACCCUUCAAGAGGGUUUGAUUCCUAAGAAGAGAGCAGGCUCCGAUGAUGACCUGCACCGAAUCAACGAGCUUAUACAGGGUAACAUGCAGCGCUGUAAGCUGGUGAUGGACCAGGUCACCGAGGCCAGAGACACCAUGAUGAAAGUGCUGGACCACAAGGAGAAAGUGCUGAAGCUGCUCAACAAGAACGGGGCUGUCAAGAAGUCCUCCAAACUGAAGCGUAAAGAACGGGCAUAAGCUUGGCCCUUCUCCUCUGUCGACAACCCCCGCUGCCCCCUCUCUGAAGGGGGGGGAGCUGCUCAGAAUCUGGUGCUAUGAUUUGCUGCAUACAAUCGCACGCACCCUCCCUAUCUGCCUGAGAGCAGACAGAGAGAAGUGACAGGAGGGCUUAAAGAAGCAGAAAGCCCGUCAGGAAUAGGUUCUCAUUCAAUACCCAGCGCACAUAUUGAGCGUGGAGCAUUGUAGGUUGCAUUAGUGUCUGACUGGACAGCCCUGUCACUGUUUCCCCUUCCAACCCCUCCCCCAGAGACCAAUUUUAAUAACCUAAAUUCUGCCUCUUCUUUUAAGACAAUGUUUGAACUGGUGCAUUGUGUGUCUUUGAUAUUUGGCACUAAAUGCAGUUGUAGUAAAAAGUGAUAAAAGUAUUUCAGUUAAGGUGAACCACAUGGGAGUAAUUGAAUGGGUCAAAUCAAAAUCAUUUAAAAAGGAGUCCAUCACUAAGCUGUGUGUACACAGGCUAAUCUCAAUCGUGCUCUUUUCAUUAAUCUGUGCCUUCAUUUUGUCAGGUGUACAUGAAAUGGAUGGGGACACGUGAAAGCUGUUCCACGUGCUGUCUAAAUAUUCUUAAAAUAUCUUUCAAAGAAAAGUGUCACUGCUUCCCCUUUUUCUCCAAACACCUGCAUUUUUCUAGUUACCAGCCACACUUUUAGGUGUAAUCUAGAAGAUAAUGAAAUAAAGUUGGUUGAGAUAAAAAAAAAAAAAAGUACUAGGAGAGAACCUAAAUGUGUCAAAUGUAAUACAUUUAAUAUCCACAAAAUGCUCUUAAAGGAUGAUUAGGGACCUAAGAUGGUUAUCUGAAAGUGAGAACAUACUGCAUAUGCAUAAUGCCAAGUUAACUUUCCAUUUAAACUGCCAAUAAUCAUCAUCUUAAUCCAAAGUAAAUGGAUGUCAUGGUGGUGAAAACUAUAUUAUCGCUUGGUUUCAGAAAGAGUUAGUGCUUGGAAGCAAGAGAGUGAGUAUCCUUGUGUGAUCAUACUGGUGGAUUGAAUUCAUGUAAAUCACUGUAAAUGUGCUUUUGGUUUUCCAUUGACCUGGUUCUUUUCCAGUUUUGUACUCGAUGAAACAUUUCGUGCCGUGUGAUGUGCGCCGCUUCAUUUCGUAGAGAGUCAGCGAUAAUGACGUUUACGAGAUGAAGUGAGCCCAAAACAUCAAGCUAUUGUACAUUGUUUUUGUCUGUGUAAUUAUAGUAAAGAUACUUAAACAUACC